GUGGGAAGCAAAGGGAAGUCGGUGCUGCAGGGAGUCCGGCCAAGCAGAUCCGUCCACUCCCACGCUGGCACCCACAGGCCAGGGAGAGACCCUCACCUUCCAGGUGGGCUGCCUACCUCGGCGGCUGGCUGCGGCGCUGGCAGCUGGGCAGCGAGGGGGAGAGCCUGCGGGUACGGAAGGAGGAUGGCCAGGCCUCUGGAACAGGCGGUGGCUGCCAUCGUGUGUACCUUCCAGGAGUAUUCGGGGCGCGGCGGGAACAAGCACAGGCUCUGCCAGGGGGAGCUCAAGGAGCUGCUGCAGAAGGAGCUGCCCACCUGGACCCCGACGGAGCUGCGGGAGUGUGACUACCAUCAGUUCAUGAGCGUCCUGGACACCAACAAGGACCAGGAGGUGGACUUCGGGGAGUUCGUGCGCGCCCUGGCCUGCCUGUGCACCUACUGCCACGACUACUUCAAGGACUGUCCCCCCGAGCCCCCCUGCACCCAGUAGGCUCCGCUCCCACAGGCGCCUGACACGAGGCCCAGGCCGGGCUGACCCAGGGGGCUAGAGGUGGGUGGGGACCUCCCCAGAGUCCCAGCUGAAAAGCCCCAGAGCUCCGCCUCCCCCUGUGGCUGCACAAGGAUGAGGUCCUGACCCCGGAGGGCCCACUUCACGCCUAAUAAAGAACUGGUGUCCCCA